UUUUGUCUUAAAGAGUUUGUGUUGUAGCCAUAAUGCAAACCAGAAAGCCUCAUGCGGCGCUUCUUGCAAGCCCUGGCAUGGGACAUCUCACUCCCGUCGUCGAGCUCGGCAAACGCCUUGUUUCCCAUCACGGCUUCAGUGUCACUAUCUUUGUCGUCGCGACAGAUACCUCUCUCUCACAAUCCCAACUUCUAAAACUGUCGCAAACUUCCUAUCACCUUGAAGUUGUUUUGUUGCCACCGGUGGAUAUCUCAGGCCAGAUCGACCAAACCACUUCAAUCUUAACGCAGCUAGCAAUGAUGAUGCGUGAGGCAUUACCAAGCCUCCGGUCAGCAAUAUCCGCGAUGACAGUUCCACCAGUUGCUCUUAUCGUAGACAUGUUUGGGACUGAAGCUUUUGCUAUUGCUGAAGAGUUCAUGAUGCAGAAGUAUGUUUUCAUCACUUCAAAUGCUUGGUUUCUUGCCCUUACAGUCCAUGCACCAGCCAUUGGUAAGAAAGAGGAAGAUGAUCACGUUAACAACCAAAAACCACUGGUCAUUCCAGGGUGCAAACCGAUUUGCUUUGUUGACUCUUUUGAGCCGAUUCUGAAACCAAACAAUCAAGUCUACGAGCAGUAUUUGCGCAUGGGAACCGAGAUAUCCACGGCAGAUGGAAUAUUGGUGAAUACGUUUCAAGAAUUGGAACCCCAGACUCUUGCUGCUUUAAAUGAUAAAAAGAAGCUAGGGCUGGUCGCGAAUGCACCGGUUUAUCCGAUUGGACCACUGGUGAGGCCCGCCGAGCCUGGUGUGAGAAAUGAAGUGUUGAGUUGGCUAGACAUGCAACCCAAAGAGUCGGUGAUAUAUGUUUCUUUCGGGAGUGGCGGAACCCUCUCAGCCAAGCAAACUACAGAGCUGGCAUGGGGUUUAGAAAAGAGCCUACAACGGUUUGUUUGGGUGCUUCGUCUACCAGUUGAGAAUGAUUCAGCGGCCACCGUUUUCAAGACAAGCAAUGGCUGCGCCGACUACGCAAACUACUUGCCUGAUGGGUUCUUGAACCGGACCAGCAAAACUGGGCUAGUGGUUCCGAUGUGGGCGCCUCAAACUGAAAUCUUGAACCAUCCAUCCAUAGGUGGAUUUUUGUCUCACGGCGGGUGGAAUUCUAGCCUAGAGAGUAUUGUCAAUGGUGUUCCGAUGAUCGUGUGGCCGCUGUAUGCAGAACAGAAGAUGAAUGCUGCAAUGCUGGCUGAGCAUAUCGGGAUGGCUCUCCGGUUGAAGUUGUUGCCAUCGGAGGACGUGAUUGAGAGGAGUGAGAUAGAGGCAAUGGUUAGAAAGCUUCUGGUGGGUAAAGAGGGGGAAGCAUUCAGAGCCAGGGUGAAAAUGCUAAAAUCAUGGGCGGAGAAGGCUCUUAGCAACGGUGGCGGUUCUUAUAAUUCUCUGGCUAACGUGGCCAAAGACUGCGAGAUCAGCCUGCAGAGCCGGAACACAAAAGCUGGCGCUUGAUAAUCACAGGCCAUCAUCCUA